GCGACUAACAAUUAAGAGCGUAGACCGAGUUCAUGGACAACAAACUUGUGUAUGCAUUAAAUUUGCAUACUAAACUUACCAUCCUUUAUAUUAUUAUACAACAUACGUACAUAACUAACUACCAAAACUACUAAUCCUCCACAAAUUUUCUCAUCAUCACAAAAUAACAAAAUCCGGACUGGAGGUGUACAUGGUACGUAUCACAGCGCAGUGAGGAUGAGGACAACAACACGGAUAACAUAAAACCGGUUUCAAUUUUAGCUUUAACAGCACAAAAAGAAAUGGAAACAUUGAAUUGAAUGAUAUGAUAUGAAAUUAUACGUAUGAGAAAAUGCCCACAGGUUUUUAUUACAAUUUCAGCGGGGUCCGUAUUAUAUUUGCUGACAAGCAUUAUCAAACAAUGUUUGUCACGUGAAUAAGCAGUUAAAUAUGGACACUGUUGUUAACACUGUGGGUUAAGUUGUUGUGGGUCAGAUUCAAACUCAAUGGCAAAAAAUGCUCGUAUGUCCAUACAUUCAUCAGGGCAAGUCAGUUAACUAGAGUAAAUAAUGUGAAGGAUGAAUAUGAGAAAGAUGAGAUGAUGAUGCAUAUUGCAUAUACAGAUCUCUGUAUGUGCUUAAAUAUAAAGUGUAGGAGUAAAUGUUUAGUGGUAGCAUUGCAGUAAUGUAAUGAAAGCAUAGUAAAUACAUAAAGGGUUGUCAGUAAAGUAAAGUGUUAGGUGUGUUCACUUACAUUUUUUUCAACGAAACUUGGUAACUUGUGUAUGUAUGUAUAUAACUUGGCAAAAUGAAAGUAGUAAUAAAUUGGAGCGUUCCGUGUUCCGUUUCUCUGAUUGAAAUGGAUCCCACUAAAAUGCUGUGGAAAACACAAUUGCUCGAGCUUGUUAGUGAAGCACCAAAAGCAGUCUGCAUCGAGUGCAACGGUAUCAGCAAAAAUCACCGAUUUUUUAGCGCCCCGUCGACCCCAUCCGCUUCAGGGGACGAUGUCAACAUUGUUGUCGGAGGUGGUGGUGGUGGGAGUGAAAGUGACCUGAGCGGCCAUUCCAUUGGGCUAUCUUCGAAUAAUGGUGUAGAAUCAUUGGACGGAAAUGGACACAUUCACGAUUUCGAGUCAGUUGCUCCUCUAAGCAGUGGAGAAAACAGUUUGGAAAAAUUAACCCAUAUAAUUCAAGUAAAUCUGCAAAUCGUGGAUUCCUUAACGGCCGAUACCGCAAGCGAUGAUUGUCUUGAUGCAAAUAAUCCUGGGGGUGAUGAAGUUCCUCUGAAUAAUAGUAAAAAUAGGCUCCAAGUCGUCAACGACGAUGUAGUAAUAGAAUCCUUAAAAGUUCAUGAAAAUGGAGAUAACAAUGAGAGACGCCGCAGCUCAAAAACCGCCGCUGCGCCCUGGCAUCGACCAAGCAUUUACUAUUUUAAUCCGUUUGGUAGCUCAUUUCAUGGCAACUUGAGUCGUCCCAGUGUUAAGCGUUUGCUUGCAGAGGAUGGUCACUAUCUAGUCAGAAAACGGGCGGAAGAUGGGGACGACGAGUUUGUGCUAAGUGUCAAAUUUAACGGACGCGUCAAAAAUUUUAAAAUAACUUUUGACGACACGUCUGGCUUGAUCUACUUGGAAAGUCGAGAAAAAGGGUUUGAACAUUUAGAGGAUUUGGUGCAAGACGGCCUCGUCACGAUGUACGUUGAACACAGAGCAGGUCCUUACAUUGAUUUACUUUACGACCUCACCCGAAAUGACCAUCAUCGACUUGGCGGAGGAUGCAGCAAAUAUUUGGAUUCUCUCAAGACCAACAACAGGUUGGGAGGUGCUUUCACUGCGGAUUGCAUUUAUGAAUUCUUUGAGAAUAGUGGCAACAAGCCGGGUGAAAGCAACGGAGGAGCUGUUGCGAAACCAAGUAACAGGUUUGGUGGACAAAAACAGAAUUCGCCAAGUCCAGUGUCAUCCUUAUCGGGGAGCUCGUUGGAAAGAGUUAGACAGCCCGACCUAAAAUCACAUUCCUUCAAAAUACAUACGUUCCAGCAACUAUCGAAAUGUCAGAUUUGUCUAAACUUUCUCUGGGGUUUAUCAAGCCAGGGUUUGCUUUGCCAGCAUUGCGGUUUAACAAUCCACGAGGCAUGCAUUGCAAAAGUGCAGCACGAGUGUGAGCCAGAUCUCACACAAUUCGCAACCAUAUUCGGAAUUAGCUUAACCUUGUUGGUGAAAGCCACUCCAGGAUGUAGACCACCGUUCCUAUUGCAAAAAUGCAUUUCAGAAAUUGAUAAGCGUGGUUUACAUGUGGAGGGGAUUUAUCGAAUAUCCGGUUCCAGAGAGGCGUCAGAUCGGUUGAAAACGCUCUUAGAAAGAGAUCGUGAUUCUGCCGAUUUAGCUGGACAUUCUGACAUACAUUCCAUGUGUAGCAUUGUGAAACAAUUCCUGAGACUUUUGCCAGAGCCUCUCAUCAGCGAAGAAGUUUUCCAUACAUUCCUUAACAGUAACACAAAUACCAAUCUUCAACGUGCCACGCCAGCCACUACGGUUGUUCCUCCCUCCAUAACAGUGGAUUCUGUGCGGAGAGAACUAAAGAAAUUGCCUCCAGCCCAUUACAUAACGCUGAAAUAUUUGCUACAACACCUCCACCGAGUUGCCGAACGAAGUGAACAAAACAAAAUGAAUCCUUUUAACCUGAGCUCCGUCUUUGCGCCGAGUCUCCUCCCCCCGGCACAAAUUUCGAUCGAAACCUUGCAGACGGGAACAGUAUUGUUAGAGCUUAUGAUUACACAUCAACGAAACUUGUUUCCAAAAUGAUUUAUGAUUACUAUGUAAUGAUGAUGAUUCAACAAUUAUUCCUAUUUCAUGUGAUGUCAACUUUUAUGUAUGUUUUUAGUUGUAAGUAACAAAGAGUAUAUAAAUUUCUAUCCAGUCCUUCUUCCUAACUGUGUUUUAUGAGAUUAUAUAGAAACAAAAUGUCUAUUGCAUGCGGGUAAUAUCGAUAUAAAUAUUGUGACCUCGUGAGAUUUUUGAGAUUUUAUUGAACAAGAGAAAGUAAAAGUACAAUAACAAAUGUAUGUAAGUUUGGGUAAUUUUUUGCGAAAUAAAGAAUAUUAUGCAUUAAAUUUUAAA